AUGGAUGGAAGUGAACUUAAACCAUUUUUUGAAGCUAAUUAUUCUCAGAUUUAUUUUAUCUUCUAUGAAAAUUUCAUAACACUGGAAACUAACUUGAAACAAAAAGGAAAUAAAUCGCAAAGGGAAGAGCUGGACUCCAUUCUCUUUCUUUUUGAAAGAUUAUUACAACUACUACCUGAAAGGAUUUUCUUUCGGUGGCAUUUCCACAGUAUAGGGUCAGUCUUGAAGAAACUUUUGCACACUGGAAACUGUCUUAAGAUAAGAUGUGAAGGAAUCAGAUUGUUUCUCCUCUGGCUGCAAGCUCUCCAGACCAAUUGUGCAGAAGAACAGCUGUUAAUCUUCGCCUGCCUCGUUCCCGGUUUUCCUGCAGUGAUGUCGUCCAACGGUCCAUGUACACUGGAUACCCUCAUUAGCCCGCCCCUCCACUUGCCAGAUGCAAAGAUUUAUCCUGAAGAAAUAACACCUCUUCUACCACAUGCUACGGGUGAAAAAAUUGCCGAGGACUCAACUUGCUACUUUCUUAAGAUAUUGUUAAAAUACAUGGUAAUCCAGGCUGCAAGCUUGGAAUGGAAGAACAAGGAGAACCGUGACACUGGCUUUAAGUUCCUCUUUGCCCUGUUCCGACAGUAUUAUCUUCCUCAUUUGUUUCCAUCUUUCACAAAACUAACCAACCUCUACAAACCUGUGCUUGACAUCCCCGGCCUGCGACCCAAGCCAGCAUAUGUCAGUACGACUUCUAACAAUGAAAAUGUUUAUACCACGAAGAUCCCCUAUAUGGCUGCUCGCGUCGCUUUUAUUAAAUGGCUGGUGAACUUUUUUCUGGAGAAGAAAUAUUUCACGGCAACACAGAACUCGAAAAAUGGAGGCGAGGUUUUGCCCAGAAUCAUUCAAACUGUGGGCGGCACAGUGCAAGACAAAAACCCUGAGACGCAGAACAGCGUCCCGUCAGACCCGGAGAAAAGCCAUUCCAACCACAGCCUCUUGCCCGAGAGGAGGCUCAGCAAUGCCAGCGUCUGCAGCAUUGAAGAGCAACAUCGGGCGGUCUACGAGAUGGUGCAGCAGGUCCUCUUGUCUACGCGAGGCUACAUCAAUUUUGUCAAUGAAGUGUUUCGCCAGGCCUUUUUACUGCCCUCAUCAGAGAUAUCGUCAACUGAGAAGGUAGUGAAAGUCUACAGGAAGUGGAUACUGCAAGAAAAGCCCGUGUUCAUGGAAGAGCCAGAUGUGAAGGAAGCUGUUCAAGAGGAUGAGAACAUCUUGAACCCUUCAGCAGCAGAGACAGAUGGCAAACAUUCAAGUUCACCUACAUCUGGACAUAAAAGGUCCUCCAGUUGGGGAAGAACCCACUCCUUCUCUAGCGCUGUUAGCAGAGGAUGCAUAUUAGAAGAUGAAAACAAGAACGUUAAAGCAGGUGUUCAAGCUACGCUACAGGUGUUCCUGACAAACUCUGCAAAUGUGUUUUUGUUGGAGCCCUGCACUGAAAUACCUGCACUCCUGAAGGAGCAAGUGGAUGCUUGCCGAGCAGUCUUGAGUAUUUUCAGACGCAUGAUAAUGGAGCUUCCCAUGAACAAAAAAACUUGGGAGCAAAUGCUACAAGUACUGCUUAGGAUAACAGAAGCCGUCAUGCACAAACCAAAGGAUGGACAAAUUAAGGACCUGUUUGCUCAAAAUUUGGCAGAAUUGCUAUUCCGGACUCUGAUUGUGGCUUGGAUCCGAGCAAACCUGAGCGUUUAUAUUUCUCGAGAGCUGUGGGACGAGUUGCUGCGCGUGCUGUCCUCCCUUACGGACUGGGAGGAGCUGAUAAUGGAAUGGGCCAACAUCAUGGAUUCUCUGACGUCCGUUUUGGCAAGAACCGUGUAUGGAGUCGAAAUGACCAAUUUGCCUCUGGAUAAGCUAAGCGAGCAAAAGGAGAAGAUACAAAGAGGGAAAGGUGGUGUUUUGGAACUUCAGAAAACCGUUACAGUCGGCAGAUCUUUUUCUUUAAGCUGGAGAAAUCAUCCGGAAGUUGUGGAACCCAUGAGAUUUCGGAGUGCUACCACCUCGGGAGUGCCAGGCGUUGAGAAAGCCAGGAAUGUGGUGCGACAGAGAACUACAGCGAAGCGAAGCCAGUCUAUCAGCAACUGUACACAUCUCUGUGAGGCUUUGUCUGCCACUAAAAGUGUCCCUCUUCUCCUUCAUACUGUGGGCUCUCUCUUACCUGGUCUCUCUUACACUUCUUAUUCUCACACGCUUUCAGAAGUGGAAGAAUAUCCGCAACCAGAAAAUGGCACAGGAACGGAGUAUCAGCAGCCAGAAGGUUUAGCAGGAGUGGAAUGCAACGGCCCAUUUUUAGACCAGGAACAACAAUUAACUCGAAGCAGCAGUGCCUCUGAUAUUAGAGACGAGUGCAGUUCUGAUAUUUUCCAAGUUAGAAAAACAGAAAGCUCGCAGAAUUUAACUUCAGAUUCCCCGUCCGUUCAAGAAAUUAAGGGGACAGUGACUAAGGGAAGCUCCACCCAACAAGCAGGGAAUGGUCCAGCCGAAUUCGAUCCCAAAACUGAUGUGCAACAGUUGUGUGGGACUCACAAGGAAAGAGAAAAGACUGAAAGUGUGAGCAGUGACACAUCCUUUGGAUACAACGGUGAAGUAGACAUCACCCUAGUCCCCUGGCAAGCAUGUGAAGAAGACCAUGAUGCCAGCAUGCCAGCCGAUAUAUCUGUUGAUCCAGAUGCGUGCCACUGGUUACCGCUGAAUCCUUCAGAUGGCACAAACUUAACAGACAGCACUGAAUUCCUUGCGGAUGACUGCAGUAUAAUUGCUGGUGGGAAUCUCAUUGGGUGGCAUCCUGACUCCGCUGCCGUAUUAUGGCGAAGAAUAUUGGGAAUUCUCGGAGAUGUAAACAGUAUUCAGUCUCCUAAAAUACAUGCCAGAAUUUUUGAAUAUCUUUACGUGCUGUGGUAUAAAUUGGCAAAGAUAAGAGACAAUCUCGCGAUCAGUCUGGACAACCAGUCAACUCCCUCACCACCCGUUUUAAUUCCGCCACUCAGAAUAUUUGCAUCAUGGUUGUUCAAAGCUACAACUUUACCAGAUGAAUAUAAGGAAGGGAAGCUACAUGCAUAUAAGUUAAUAUGUGCCAUGAUGACCAGGCGCCAAGAUGUUGUGCCAAAUCCUGACUUCCUAGUGCAUUUUUAUCUGGUUAUGCACAUUGGCUUAACUAGUAAAGAUCAGGAUGUCUUGAAUACUGUCAUCAGGCACUGCCCGCCCUACUUUUUCUUCUUGGGCUUACCUGGCUUCACAUUGCUGAUAGGAGACUUCAUAACAGCCGCAGCCAGAGUGCUGAGUACAAACAUGUUGGAAGCUCCCCGCUUGGAAGCUCAUGCCAUUCUGGGUUCUCUGGUUUGCUUUCCGAAUCUGUAUCAAGAAAUCUCGCUGUUGCAACCCGUCGCAGAAGCAGAAAUCAGAGGAACGACGGAUGUCAAAUGCUGCCUCGUAAAUAUCAUUUUGAAGAAUGCCGCAGAUGAACCAAGCGAAGCUGCAAGGUGCUUGGCUCUGUGCUGUCUUGGGCUAUGGAUAUGUGAAGAAUUGAUGCAGGGUACAAACCACCCUCAAGUGAAGGAUGCAAUAAAUGUUUUAGGUGUGACAUUGAAGUUUUUUAACAAGCAGAUUGCUCAGAUUGCAUGCGACAUCUUCCAACUGCUGACAUCUUACUGGGAAAAACUUCACAAAUAUGAAUCUUCUCUCCCAAGAAAAAUGAUUGAAAUCAUCAUUGCGACCAUCUCGUUUCUGUUGCCCAGCGCAGAGUACUCCUCCGUGGAAAGCGAUAAGAAGUUUAUCGUUUCAUUGUUACUUUGCCUACUGGACUGGUGCAUGACGUUGCCCCUCAAAAUGCUGCUGGAGCCUGUGUUCACCUCUAGUCUUGAAGAUCAAAACCCUGCUAAUGCUCCGCUCCUUGAUUACAUCUACAGGGUUCUGCAUAGUUGUGUUCAUGGCUCAAGUACAUAUACCCAGCAAAGCCAUUAUCUGUUAAGCCUAGCAGACCUCUCCAGCGACAGCUACGAUCCAUUUUUGCCCCUAGGAAAUGUCAGGAAUUCUGAACCCAUGCCGUUCCAGCCUUCUGCGGACCUGAGUAAUUUGCUGACUGUUGUUGAAGAAAGGAGGCGGAGAAGUUUGGAGCUGAUUCCUUUAACUGCGCGAAUGAUUAUGGCUCAUCUAGUAAAUCAUUUGGGCCAUCAUCCCCUCAGUGGAGGACCUGCUGUUCUUCACAGCCUUCUCAGUGAAAAUCACAACAACUGUUAUGUGGAAUCUAAUGAAUUGUCUUCUGAAGUCUUCAGAAGCCCAAACUUACAGCUCUUUGUAUUUAAUGAUAGUACUCUUAUGUCAUACCUCCAGAUCCCUUCAGAAAGGGUGGUAGAUGAUGAAACAACAAGAACCUUCUCAGAAGUAAGAGUAAUUGUUAGGGAUAUUUCAGGGAAGUACUCAUGGGAUGGAAGGCUAAUGCAUGGACCAUUAGCUGGUUGUCUUCCAGGUCAGAGUCAACAAAACUCCACUGCCAUUUGGGACAAUCAUAAACAGAAAUUUGAGUCUCCAAUGGACUUCAUUCAAACAUAUGAAGGAGAAGAUGCGCUCGAUAAGUUAUUGGCAAGGAUUGGUAACAGUAGUCCAGAGUGCCUUUUAUGUCCACAGCUCAGACUAAAUGAGCCUUCACCAUUACCCUGCAUCAUGAGCCAUGACCAAGAGAAUGCUAUCUUGGAAGCAAUAAUGCAACAGAGUUGCAUAGAAGAUGCGCAUGGGUGCACUUUGAACCUCAGGAUGGAAGUGGAAAGCCAGGCUGCGCCAUGGCCUACCCAGUCUCAAGCACCCUUUCAUUUGUGUAGGCUCCUGCUAAACGAUUUAGGGAUGAACUCUUGGGAUAAAAGAAAAAGUUUUCAUAUAUUGAAGAAAAACUCAAAACUAUUGAGAGAGCUGAAAAAUUUGGACUCCAGACAAUGCCGUGAAACUCACAAGAUCGCAGUGUUUUACAUUGCCGAAGGACAAGAAGAUAAAUGCUCCAUUUUGGCCAACCCGAGAGGCAGCCAAGCAUAUGAAGAUUUUGUGGCUGGACUCGGUUGGGAGGUUGAACUUUCAACUCACUGUGGAUUUAUGGGCGGCCUUCAGCGCAAUGGGAGCACAGGGCAAACCGCACCUUAUUAUGCCAGUUCGACGGUGGAGGUUAUUUUCCAUGUGUGCACACGCAUGCCGUCUGAUUCUGAUGAUUCACUGACCAAAAAGCUUCGCCACUUGGGAAACGACGAGGUUCACGUUGUCUGGUCUGAACAUACCAGGAAUUAUCGCAGGGGCAUCAUACCGACAGAUUUCGGAGACGUUUUAAUUGUUAUUUAUCCAAUGAAGAAUCACAUGUUUUUCAUAGAGAUCAUGAAGAAGCCAGAGGUGCCAUUUUUUGGUCCUUUAUUUGACGGAGCAAUAGUGACCGCAGAACUGUUGCCAAAUCUUAUCCGUGCCACAUGCAUCAAUGCCAGCAGAGCCGUGAAGUCUCUUAUCACUCUCUAUCAGAGCUUUUAUGAAGAAAGAGCACUGUAUCUUGAAGCAAUAAUCCAGAAUCACAAAGAAGUCAUGACAUUUGAGGAUUUUGCAGCUCAGGUCUUCUCUCCCUCUCCCGGUUACUCUCUCAGUGGAUGUGAUUAAAGUAUGUAAAGGUCUCAUUACAGUAAUUGAGAAAG